AGAAGAAGAAGGCAGCCUCCAUAUCAAAACGGAGUAGUGCUACACGAGGAUAUGUUUGUCAAGGGAGCUUGCUAGGAGUAUGUGAUAAUUGUACUGUCAAUUGUUGUAGAUUAAACAGAUAGAUAUGCGUCUCCGUAGCAAAGGCGACGUGCCGGUUGGAGAGCUGAUGGAGGCUGACUCACGCGCGGAGCUGAUUUUCGAGACCCCGCCGCCUGAUGUUGUCAGCUCCAUCAACGCCUGCUUUGACGAGAUCGACAGCACCCUGAAAAAAAGAAGAGACGCUUCUGUGGACAACCAUCCUUCAGACAGUGACUCUGAAAGCCUGUUUAUAACACAGUCUGUGACGAAAGCAGUUCACACUAAAAGACGACCCCAAUCAUCUAAGAAACCAUCCUCCAUCUCUGAUGAUUCCGGUUAUGUGAGAGAAAGGAGACUCUCUGAGAACCAACAGACUGAAUUUGAAGGGGAAAGCAGAAGUCAACCUUCUUCAUGCCGCAGAAAAUCACGAUGGGAGUUGUAUGCCCCUGCUCGCAAAGCUACUUUUCCCUUUUUGAUGAAAUCUUUAAAAAAACAGCAUCUGCCCAUUAGGAAGCACCAAAUUCUGGAGAAUUCAGAAGUUGGUGGGUUCUUCAAAUGUAUUAAGAAAAUCAAGACGGAUAGUGUGAAGAUGGGAAAAGAGAUCAAUCCAAAAUUGUUUCAGUCUCCGAUAAGUGAUUCGUCAGAGGAAGAGGACCAAAAUAGUGAGCAUGACGUCAAAUCAGUGGAUAAAGCCCUUUUUGUUUCAGGUUCCAGUAGAGGAAUCAGCUUAAACUGGCUCCCAGACUUUAUCAGUAAGAGAAGGACUCUGGAAAACCAUUUAUCAAAUGGCAUUGACAAGGAAAAAAAAAUCAAACAAAUAGCCGAGGACGAAAGUCGAAACAGAUAUCUAAGGAAAGUCAAGGCAUUAUCAAAAUCAUCCCAGGUGUCCGAGAAACCGGAAAAACAAGUAACGCAUGAGGUUUUAGCUUCGUGUUCAGAUCAUGAAGAUCUUGAGAUUGUCGAAUGUGCUGAAAAUUUACAUGAAGAUCAUAAAAUGGUUAUUGAGGAGACACAGAGGCACACUGUAGAAGAAGCAUCAGCUCAUUUGGAGCACAAGGAUGCCCUUAACUGUAAAAAUCAGCCUGAUGUUGACCAACCCAAUGAAAGCAAUUUCAUCUGUCCACCCCAAGGGGGAGAUAUUUCUACACGGAGUGAUAUUCAACAGACUGACAGUGACAUCGGCUCAGAUGAUUUAUUCAGCCCAUUUAACAGUCCAAAACGAGACAAUCAAAUUCCUAAUACUACAUCUAUUACAGCAAACGUGGAGGAAAGCCAUCAGGACAGUGAUGUGACACAGAUAGAGAGUGAAGGACAAAAUGUGUCUACAUUUACACAAGAAACACAGAAAUGUUUUGCAAAUGAGGAAUAUGACAGUGAUGAAACGCACAUAGACACUGAAUCUUUGUCCAAGCUUGAGCCAAGAACACCAAACAAACCGUUUACCAGUACUAAACACCCUGAAAUCCCAAAGUUGAGAGUCCAAAGUCCAAAAUUACCCUCAAGACAAGCAGAGACUGUGAAUGUGGAAAUAUCUCCUAAACAUUUACCACUAUCUAAUGUACCAUUAAGUGAAGUUAACUCAAGUUCAUUUGAAACUGCUAUCGUAGGUCAACAAAAACCAAUGGUUGAGACUGAAACCGAUAGUCCGAUGUUUACAAACACUGGACUGAGUUUUCUUAAACGAAAAAGAAAGAGAACGAAAGAUAAAAAUGAUAAAAAUGCUGCUGCUGAUUUCAAACAACAUGAUACCAGCAGAGAUGUUGGUCAGAUAGUGAGUUGUGAAUGUCCAGGUGAUGACAUCACAGGACUUAAAACGACACCCAUAGAGAACAUUGAAGCAUGUGGAGUGGAACAUGAAAUGGCAAUUGGGGAACAAACCAAAAGAUUGGGUUUACAGUCAAAGGAGCUCUUGGAGAAAAGUGCUUUAUCUACAGUCAACAGUGUUAGCACAAAGAUUAAGAGGGACAAGAUGACAAAGCAUAAGGUAAAAGAUUGUGAGGAUACAGAACCUGCUGUAGAGAAUCAGUCAGUUGAGACUUUUGAGACUGAGCUGACACACAAAAAAGCAAAUAAGAAGAAAAAGGACAAAGACAGACUAACAAAAUCAUAUCCAGAGGAAAAUGUUACAAACAUCCAAUCAAAUGAAGCACUCGACUCGGCAGAGUUGAGAGUAAAAGGAGUGACUCAAUCAAGUCAAUCCCUUAACACUGAUCAACCAACAUAUGUACAGGAAAUUACUGGUGCAACUGAAUUAAAUAAGAAGAAGAAACGGCAUAAGACAGAUGACCCUCUUUAUGAAUCUGUUGGUCUGGAUGUUACCUCAGCAUCUCAGUUUGAUGUUGGUUUUAGAAUCGAUGAACAACAGGAAGGUUUGGUUACUGAAGAAGGCAAGACAGAUGAACAUUUGCAGGGUAAAACAUUGAAGGUUGCCAAAGGCGAAAAGAAAAUUCAGAACGCAAGUUUUCAAGUUGAUCACGUCAUUGGAUUGGAUAAACAAAGAUCAGAUAGUGGAGCAAAACCAGCAAAUUUGGAUUCAUAUGGCUUGGAAAGCUUAACGGCCAAAAAGAAGAAGAAGAAAAAGCACAAGUUAAAAGAGAAAACUGACCCCAAGCUUGAUUUUGAUAUAGACAACAAUGUGCAAUUGUUUCAGUCUGAUGAGUUACAAACUACAGAUUCUGUGUUUUCGGACAGCACGCAUACCAAUAAACGGAAAAAGAAGAAAUUGAAAUGUCAAAAUGACACUGAUCAGAGUUCAGAUUUGAAACAACUGCACACUGUCGACAAUAAAUUACAAACUAUUGAUUUGCCAAAAACCAAUAAACACAUGGAAAGAACUGGAGCUAGCUCAUCUGAUGCACUUUUGGAGCACAUGGAUGAUAGACCUCCGGGAAUGAGAGAGAAUAACACAAUUCGGAACGAUCAGAUUGAGCAUUUACAGACAUCAGAAGACGUGACAAGAUGUUCAUCACCCAGGUUAAGCUCAGAUAAGAAAAGGGAGGAAACAUCUGUUGAUCCAAAUCUGGAUGAAAGUUCUGUGUUUCAGUUUGAUGGGUUGGACAAGGCUGCAAAUGAAGAGCGGACAACUACACAAAACGCCACUAAAGAAAAGCAGAGCGACGAGAUUUCCUCAGAACAUUUGGAAAAUAGUCCAGCAAGUUCUCCAUCUCAAGUUGAGAACAUCGCAAAUGUCAAUUCUUCUGUGCUUUUAGAUCACACACUCAUCAAUAAACUAAGAGAGGGUCAAUUAAAAGGGCAGACCUACAAGGAGCUUGCUUUAGCUUUUGGAUUGAAACAACUGUGCAUUGUUGUCAAUAAGUUAAAGACUACAGAUUUGCCAAAAACCAACAAAAACAUCAAAGGAACAGGAGUUGGGUCAUCUGAUGAACUUUUGAAGCACACAGAUGAUAGACCUCUAGAAAUGAGAUUGAAUAACACAAUUCAGACCAAUCAGAUUGAGCAUUUACAGACAUCAGAAGACGUGAUAAGACGUUCAUCGCCCAGUGUAACCAGAUUAAGCUCAACAAAGAAAUGGAUGAAAACCUCUAUUGUUUCAAAUCUGGAUGCAAGUUCUGGAUCUAAGUUUGAUGGGUGGAAAAAUGCUUCAAAAGAAGACCGGACAACUCCACAAAACAGCAUUGAAGGAAAGCAGAGUGAUGCCAUUUCCUCAGAAGGUUUAGAAAAUAACCCAGCACAUUUAGUUUCCACUCAUAAAAGUGAGGAUGCAAGUCCUUCAUCUCAAGUUGAUAACGUUGUUGGACUGCAGUCAGAUGCCAAUUCUGUGCUUUUGGACCACACGCAUAGUGGUAAACGGAAAAAGAAGAAGAAGAAGAAGCAUAAAUUAAUAGAACAAACUGACACAGAGCUUACUUUAGAAAUUGAUGACAAUGUGCAGGCAUUUCAGUCCAUUGAGUUACAAACUAUGGAUUUGCCUUCAAAAAGAACUACAAAUAAAAAACACAAAGACAGAGAAAGAACAGGAGUUAGCUUAUCUGAUGCAGUUUUGAAGCACAUAGAUGAUGGUCCUUCAGAAAUGAGAGAGAAUAACACAAUUCAGACCAAUAAGAUUAGGCAUUUACAGACAUUAGAAGAAAUGACAAGAUGUUCAUCACCCAGAUUAAGCUCAGAGAAGAAAACGAAGAAAAAGUCUGUUGAUCCAAAUCUGGAUGUGAGUUCUGGGUCUCAGUUUGAUGGGUCUAAUGGGACGGCAAAAGAAUACAGCAAAAACAGCACUGAUGUCAGUUCUUCGGACAGCAUGCAUACCAGUAAACAGAAAAAGAAGAAGCAGCAGAAAUUAAAAGAGCAGGAGAAUGUAGAGUCUGGUGGGGACAAUGUUCACUCUGGUGAGCUGGAUCAAUUCAGUGAGUUACAAAUAACAGAGUUGACAACAAAAACAAAAAAGAAGAAAGAUAAAAAGAGGACAAAGCAAGCAAAUGUAGAGGAGAAUGGUGUAAAAGAAAUCUUGUCAAAUGAAGCUUUUAAAGCUUCUCAGACUGAUCAACCUGAGCAUAUACAGACCUCUGAGGAAAUUACACAAGAUCAAUCACCUAAUGUAGCUGCGUCAAAAUUAGCGAAGAAGAAAAAGAGAAAAACAAAUAAGACUAAAGAUCCUCAGUGUGAAUCCAUUGAUCUGGAUUUGAGUUCAGCAACAGAAGAACGGACAACUAUACAGCACCAAACUGAAGAAACACAAGGUGAUGACAAUGCUGCAGAACUUUUGGAAAUUAAUCUAGCAGGCUCAAUAAAGGUUUCCAAAAAGAAAAAGGAGAAUGCCGGGAUAAUUCAACUUGAUAACAUCGUUGGAUUGCAGUCAGGAAGUUCCACAGACGUCAAUUCUUCUGAGCUUUCGGACAGCACACAUAAACACAAAAAGAAGAAAAGGAAGAAAUUAAAAGAGCAGGAGAAUGUAGAGGCUAAUGCAGACGAUGUUCAUUCUGUUGAACCAGAUCAAUUUGGUGGGUUACAAAUAACCAAGAUGACAACAAAAAAGAAACAUAAAAGUUGUGAAGAAGAGAGUGGUUUAAAAUACAUUUCAUCAAAUGAAGCUUUUAAAGCUCCUCCGACCAAUCAGCUUGAGCAUAUAGCGACUUCUAAGGAAAUUACUCUAUGUCAAUCACCUAAUGUAGCUGCAUUAAAGUCAGCAAAGAAGAAAAGGAAUGAGACACCUCAGUGUCUGGAUGCGAGUUCUGUGUCUCAGUUUGAUGAUGUUAAAAAGCGAGCAAAAGCAGACCAGACACUUGCACAAAACAGCUCUGAAGAAAUGCAGAGUGCUGAUAUUUCCUCAGAAGGUUUGGAAAUUAAUCCAGCACGUUUAAUAAAGGUUUCCAAAAAGAAAAGAGAAAAUGGAGGUUCUCCAAAUCAAGUUGAUAACAUCAUUGGAUUGCAGUCAGGAAAUUCCAUAGACGUCAAUUCUUCUGAGCUUUUGGACAGCACAUGUACCGAUAAACAGAAAAGGAAGAAAUUAAAAGAGCACGAGAAUGUAGAUGCUGAUGUGGAGAAUGUUAAUACUGCAGAGACAGAUCAGUUCAGCGGGUUACAAAUAACAGAGCCGACAACAAAAAAGAAAAAGAAACAUAAAAGAUGUGCAGAGGAGAGCGGUUUAAAAGACAUUUCAUCAAAUGAAGCUUUUAAAGCUCCUUUGACCAAUCAACUUGAGCAUAUACAGAUCUCUGAGGAAAUUACUCGAUGUCAAUCACCUAAUGUAGCUACAUUAAAGUCAGUGAAGAAGAAAAAGAAGAAAAGGGAUGAGACUGAGGAAUCUCAGUGUCUGGUUGGUUCUGUGUCUCAGUUUGAUGAUGUGAAAAAGCAAGCAAAAGAAGACCAGACACUUACACAAAACAGCUCUGAAGAAACACAAGGUGAUGACAAUGCUGUAGAAUGUUUGGAAAUGAAUCCAGCAGGCUCAAUGAAGGUUUCCAAAAAGAAAAAGAAAAGAGAGAAUGCUGGUUCACCAUAUAAAGUUGAUAACAUUGUUGGAUUGCAGUCAGGAAAUUCCGCAGACGUCAGUUCUUCUGUGCUUUCGGACAGCACAGAUACCAAUAAACACAAAAAGAAGAAAAGAAAAAAAUUAAAAGAGCAGGAGAUUGUAGAGGCUGAUGUGGACAAUGUUCAUUCUCCAGAGCUGGAUCAGUUCAGUGGGUUACAAAUAACCGAGAUGACAACAAAAAAGAAAAAGAAACAUAAAAGAUGUGCAGAGGAGAGUGGUUUAAAAGACAUUUCAUCAAAUGAAGCUUUUAAAGCUCCUCCGACCAAUCAACUUAAGCAUAAAGCGACUUCUGAGGAAAUGACUCAAUAUCACUCACUUAAUGUAGCUACAUUGAAGUCAGCGACAAAGAAAAUGGAUGAGACUAAGGAACCUCAGUGUCUGGUUGGUUCUGUGUCUCAGUUUGAUGAUGUGAAAAAGCAAGCAAAAGUAGACCAGACACUUUCACAAAACAGCUCUGAAGAAACACAAGGUGAUGACAAUGCUGUAGAAUGUUUGGAAAUGAAUCCAGCAGGCUUAAAGGUUUCCAAAAAGAAAAGAGAAAAUGCAGGUUCUCCAUAUAAAGUUGAUAACAUUAUUGGAUUGCAGUCAGGAAAUUCCGCAGACGUCAAUUCUUCUGUGCUUUCGGACAGCACAGAUACCAAUAAACACAAAAAGAAGAAAAGGAAGAAAUUAGAAGAGCAGGAGAAUGUAGAUGCUGAUGUCGACGAUGUUCAUUCUGCAGAGCCGGAUCAGUUCAGUGGGUUACAAAUAACCGAGAUGACAACAAAGAAGAAAAAGAAACAUAAAAGAUGUGUAGAGGAGAGUGAUUUAAAAGACAUUUCAUCAAAUGAAGCUUUUAAAGCUCCUCCGACUAAUCAACUUGAGCAUAUUCAGACUUCUGAGCAAAUGACAUUAAAAACAGUGAAGGAAAAGAAGAAAAGGGAUGCCACUGAGGAACCUCAUUAUGAAUCUGUUGAUCUGAAUGCGAGUCCUACGGAAAGUACUACAGAAGCCAAUCAACUUGAGCAUACAGCGACUUCUGAGGAAAUUACUCAGUGUGAAUCACCUAAUGUAGCUGCAUUAAAGUCAGUGAAGAAGAAGGAAAAGAAGAAAAAGCACGAGACUAAGGAUCCUCAGUGUCUGGAUGCUGGUUCUGUGUCUCAGUUUGAUGAUGUCACUCGGUUAAAAAAGCGAGCAAAAGAAGAUCGAACAACUACACAAAACAGCUCUGAAGAAACGCAGAAUGAUGAGAUUUCCUCAGAACAACUGGAAAUGAAUCCAGCAGGGUUAAUAAAGGUUUCCAAAAAGAAAAGAGAAAAUGGAGGAUCACUAUAUCAACUUGAUAACAUUGUUGGAUUGCAGUCAGGAAAUUCCACAGACAUCAGUUGUUCUGUGCUUUCGGACAGCACGCAUACCGAUAAACAGAAAAAGAAGAAAUUAAAAAAGCAGGAGAAUGUUGAUGUGGACGAUGUUCAUUCUGCAGCGCCGGAUCAAUUCAGUGGAUUACAAAUAACCGAGAUGACAACAAAAAAGAAAAAGAAACAUAAAAGUUGUGAAGAGGAGAGCGGUUUAAAAGACGUUUCAUCAAAUGAAGCUUUUAAAGCUCCUCUGAUUAAUCAGCUUGAGCAUAUAGCGACUUCUGAGGAAAUUACUCAAUGUCAAUCACCUAAUGUAGCUACAUUAAAGUCAGUGAAGAAGAAAAAGAAGAAAAGGGAUGAGACUGAGGAACCUCAGUGUCUGGAUGCAAGUUCUGUGUCUCAGUUUGAUGAUGUGAAAAAACUGGCAAAAGCAGACCGCACAACUACACACAACAGCUCUGAAGAAACACAAGGUGAUGACAUUUCCUCAGAACGUUUGGAAUUAAAUCCAGCACAUUUAAUAAAGGUUUCCAAAAGGAAAAGAGAGAAUAAAAGUCUUGGAUUGCUGUUAGAAAACACUGCCGACCCCAAUUCUUCUUUGCUUUCGGACAGCACAUGUACCGAUAAACACAAAAAGAAGAAAAGGAAGAAAUUAAAAGAGCAGGAGAAUGUUGAUGUGGACGAUGUUCAUUCUGCAGAGCCGGAUCAGUUCAGUGGGUUACAAAUAACCGAGAUGACAACAAAAAAGAAAAAGAAACAUAAAAGAUGUGUAGAGGAGAGUGGUUUAAAAGACAUUUCAUCAAAUGAAGCUUUUAAAGCUCCUCAGACCAAUCAACUUGAGCAUAUUCAGACUUCUGAGCAAAUGACAUUUAAAACAGUGAAGGAAAAGAAAAAAAGGGAUGCGACUGAGGAACCUCAUUAUGUAUCCGUUGAUCUGAAUGCGAGUCCUACAGAAAGUACUACAGAAGCCAAUCAACUUGAGCAUAUAGCAACUUCUGAGCAAAUGGCAUUAAAAACAGUAAGGAAGGAAAAGAAAAAAAGGGAUGCGACUGAGGAACCUCAUUAUGAAUCCGUUGAUCUGAAUGCGAGUCCUACAGAAAGUUCUACAGAAGCUAAAUUAAAUCCCACCAAGCACAAAAAGAAGAGGAAACAAAGUUUUUCUGGCAAUCACGAUGCUAAUGAAGCCCCUGAGAUGAAGAGGAAGAAGGAGGACAGAAACUGGUUGAGUUACAAAUGGAGGUGGAAAGUUCUGAAGUUGAAAUCAGAAAGAGCCUGAUGUUGAAAUCACCUGAGACCAUUCCAAAGAAACCAAAGGGUGUCACAAAUAAGCAAAUGUGUAGUACAUAGGUCUCAAACUCAAUUCCUGGAGGACCACAGCUCUGCACAGUUUCUCUCCAAACCUAUCAAACACAGCUGAUCAAAACAAUCACGGUGUUUAAAAGAGUCUUGGAUACCUUGAUAAGUUGGAUUAGCUGCGUUUGUUCAGGGUUGGAGCAAAACUCUGCAGAGCUGCGGCCCUCCAGGGAUUGAGUUUGAGACCUGUGGUAUGGUAUAGUUUUGAACCAGAAACCAUACAAAUUAAGAGAACUGACUCUGUCAAACAGGGUUGUUUGAUAGCAAGAUCCUACAGAUAUAAGAAAGAGAUGGACGACAGAAAAUAUAAUAAGAAAAUAAGGAAAUUUCCAUGAACACUGACUCGCCUACAGGAGUAAAUUCAGAUUACACACCCACAAUGACCUGAAACUGAAGCAAAGGUGCCUGGACAGGUUGUGUUCAAACUGAGUGUCUUGCUAAUGUCUGUGUUCAGUUUCACAGAAAGCAUGAUGCAUAUGAAGAGAAUGACUUAAUGAUAGAAACCAGGAAAGGAAACAAUAGAGUUAUCGUUCAACAAGUUAUUGCAUAGCCAAAAUUCUCAAAUAUAUAUAUAUGUUUGCAGUAUAACGGAAGUAUGCCAUUCAUAAUAACGAUAGUGUACCUGCAGAGAGUGAACAAAUGGGAGAGACCAUGUAAAAAACAAUUAGCUAUCGGUUGAUAGGUUCUGGUUUUAGACUACAACAACAGAAAAAUGAGCCAUUAGUUUUUAAGAGUAAUUAUUAGUGUAAAAUAGAAUUUCUGGUAAUGACAAAUGGUCAUGAUUGAUAAAUAUAAAAGCAGCAAGGUUAUUUUUAAGCCAUUUAUUUUUGUAAUAUUCUGUUUGGUUUCAUUUCGAUGGAGAUGAAAUUGACAGUUUUGACAUUGUACACACGAGUGUGCAAUAUCGUUGCUGAUGUUUUGUAGAUUGACCCGUGAUCUUGUUGAUCAGUGGAUUUGUUAUUUAAUUUUUUUUUUUUAUAAUAAUUGUCAUUCAGUUCAUUUUUCAAUGUUUUAUUGAAUUGUUCAUUCAUUGUGUAGCCAGAGCAGAGUUUUUUAUUAUUAUGAUCAGAGUAUUUUUGUAUAACAUGAGUGUUUCGUUGGCGUUAUUGUGCCCUUGCUAAUUUGUACAUUUCUAUUGACACUUUAUGGUUACUCUGCAACAGAGAAAUAAAACGACAGGUUUCUGCUCAUGUGAAACUGACCUGUUUUUAGUUU